AUGGAUUUCCCCGGCUGUACAGAAAACAGUCAUGCUCCAUUUAAAGACCAGAUUGACGAUGAAACUGUCAUGUUUGACUUGGACAUGAGUGUCGAUGUUUUGCCUGACACACCCUCGAAGAAUGACGAUGGUGAUUCUGAUACACAAAAAACUCGACAUGAGAAAGAGUCAUACAUAGUUCAGGAAAUUCUUGCUGACUUUUUGAAGAUUAAAUCCUUUAAGCGAAAAUACCCCGAUCUAACUAGGCGUGCAAUGGAUGCUUACGAACGAUCCUGGUUACAACAAGAAGGGAUCGUUCCUGUGGUCGCGCAGAUCUUGUUGUUGCAACAAGACUAUCCAGAAGUGCAUGUUGCUCUAACUGAUUUAUUUCGUCGACGAAGAUUCAAAGCAACGGUUGAAAGUCAAAAGCGUCAGUAUGAAGCUGCUCGUAUUGAACGUGGUGAGGCUCGAGCUGAAGCAGCUCGCAGGCGAGCCUUGGAUUCCGCUGCUGAUUAUAAUCACCGCUUAGUUUCUGAACGUUUGAGUUCAAGACGAUGUUACUGGGAUUUGCAAACAAUGCAAAUUCAUAUUCCUCAACGAAAGUAUAAACUAUUAGAGUAUCCUAAUUUUCCUGGUGGAGCAUAUCCUGUAGCAGUUAUUCCUGGACAGUUUGCAGAAUACUUCAUGAGUUAUACUCCUGAACAAUUAUCUUACCUUCCAUUAUCACGGAUACUGUAUCCAUAUCCACAACGGAAGCAUAAGAAUCCACCUCCUCUUCCUGCAACACUUCAGUUUGGUUCAAUUAAACCAAAAAUCAGUACACCUGUUGUUUCUUCUUGUGAUGUUGGGGAUCAAAGUUCAUUAGGUGUGGAUAAUUCUAGAUCAACGGACUUUUUGAAUCAUCAGACUGUGAAUUCUAUAGAUGGUCAUCGUAGUGUACCUACAGAUGGAUCAUUUUUAGCAAGUUGUGGUGUCUCUAAUUCACAUGCAUCUGUUUCUGAAUCGGAGACAGACAAAGUGAAUAACUCACUACUUUACCGAAGAUUCAAGACAAGAGUAGAGAUGAAUACAGAAAAUCCAACCUGCGUUGUAUGUGGACAAUUGGCUUUGAAUUAUAUCCGUUGCUCUGAAUGUAAAUUAAUUGGACAUUCAAAAUGUUUAGAUAUACCUGAUUCUAUGUUACCAGGUGUGAAAAGCUAUGAUUGGACUUGUCUGGAGUGUAAACGAUGUAUGGAGUGUAAUGAUUCAGGUCAAGAAGAUCAAAUGAUGUUUUGUGAUCGAUGUGAUCGAGGUUAUCAUGCCUUUUGUGUUGGAUUGGGACGAAUUCCAAAUGGGAAAUGGGAAUGCUUAUUAUGUGAAUCAAUACCAACACCAGCUAGGAAAGGUCGACCUAGAAAAAAUGUACCAAGAGAUCUAGAUGAUUUGCCCUGGGGUUAUAGUCCAAAAGGCCACGAUUCAUAUAACAUUGUCCAGUCAGGAAUUUCUAAUACAGAAGUACCCAAACGUCGUCGUGGUCGACCUCCUACAAAAAAUCGUAUCAUUUCAACUCUUCCACCUCCUCUUAUUUGCCCUUAUAUUCCGAAUCGAACUAGUUUUAGCUCAAGUCGAUCAGAUUUAUCAUCACCUUUACCAAAUUUUCCAUCUACACCAUUGCCUAACAAAGUGAUUGCAGCAGAGACUGAUGAACCGUCUGCAGUACAAUAUCCUAACAGUAGUAUUGUUAAUGCUAAGAAAGAACUUUCUUGUGAAGACAAAAUUGAUAUUUCUCAUGAAAAGAAUGAAGAUUUAACACUGGCUACUAGUAAUGUAACAAUCAAUGAAAAUUAUACAAAAAUAUGUGAACCCGAGACACAAACUUCUGGACUACAAACAGACCUAAUUAGUUCGAAUAAUGUGGAAAAGUGA